AAAACAAUUCACUGCCUCCAACUGCGUGUGACACACGGUGGUGCACUAUCGCGUUUGCUGUUGCGCAUUGUUGAUUGUACUUUUUGUAUUUAAACCGUGCCAGGUGGUUCUGUGUCUGGAAGAGUGAGAUUAGCGCUCGUAUCAUCAUCGUACGGUAUUUGGUUGUAGACAGCAGCGGGCAGAAUGUUAAAAUUGAUACUGUGCUGUUAAACAGUUUCAACCAAGGCGAUGGACACUACUACUACUACUACUACUCACACAGAACAAACGCAGGAACUGGUGGAACCUCCACCACCAACACCACCGCCAGCGUUUACGGAGCUGAGUGAAGUUGCAUCGAUCGGUAGCAAUGGAUCGAUUCUCUUCGCCACGGAUGAUUGGUUCGCACCGGCCGAAUGGAUGCUGAAAGACACCGAGCCAGUGUUUCUCGCUGACCGGUACACUGCCUACGGGAAGUGGAUGGACGGUUGGGAAACGCGUCGAAAGCGCACACCUGGCCACGAUUGGUGUUUGGUGGAGCUUGGCGCCCCAACGCAGAUUGCCGGCGUUAUGAUCGACACAGCCUUUUUCACCGGCAACUAUGUGCCGCGUGUCUCUAUCCAGGCUGGCACGCUGGAUGCAACGAUGAAACGCAUGCUGCAGACUUCUAUUCCCCGCGUUACGGACGAGGGGGGAAAUAUCGGAACAGGACGAACCACGGAGGAGCUGGGAAUGGUGGAGCUCAUUGGCACGGAUCAGUGGGACGUGUUGGUGCCGCGCACCGAACUGCAGGCGGGGUAUGAACCAACCCGAAGGCAUUAUUUUACCGUCGCGAAAGGAAAGCAAUCACUAAUCGUAAACCAUUUACGGGUGAACAUGUUCCCGGACGGUGGUAUUGCUCGGUUACGCGUUUACGGUACGGUCAGAUUAAACCUGCGCGAAAGUCUAUCGGUACGGCAGCCGUUCGAUAUGAUUGCCAUGCUUAACGGGGGACGCUGCACGGGGUUUUCGAAUGCCCACUACGGUCAUCCGCGAAAUUUGAUUAAACCUAGCACAGCGGUCAAUAUGGGCGACGGUUGGGAGACCGCUCGUAGACUCGAUCGGCCGCCCGUGCUGCAGAUCGACGAUGCCGGAAUAUUGCAAGUGCCCGGAUGCGAAUGGGCCAUCUUUCAGUUGGGAGGUGCACCCGAGGGCGGCUGGAUAGAGCGCAUUUGCAUCGACACGAAACACUUCAAAGGAAACUUUCCGGACAACGUGCAGGUGGAGUACGCGUGGAAGGGUGAACCGAAUUCUUGGAUGCUGCUGAUGGAGAAGAAGAAGCUGGGACCGGAUCGGGUACAUGAGUUUGAAGGGGAUGAACUACUACUGCCCCAGGCAAAGCCAGCCUCACUGGUGCGUAUUACCAUUGCACCGGACGGAGGACUUUCGAGGGUUCGUGUUUUUGGAACGGUAGCUGUAGCUAAAUGAUUACUGUCCUCUUUGCAGGCGCCAAGCUAGAAAAUAAAACACGGAGGAAAUGUUUAUGAAGAA